GGAGAUAUGAGUUUUCUUGUUGUAAUGGCAGUGAACUUUAUGUAUGAGAAGUGUGCAAGGGUUGAAGCCUAUUUAAGCAUGUUGGCUGGGUAUUUCUUCAUAAAUUCAACUUCCCUUUUCCUACUUUUUCUUUUCUUGGCUUAUUUCGUCUUGCUAUCAUGAACUACAACACUUGCUUUCAUCUUCUUUCACUUUUAUUCAUACAAUGUUCUAUUGUUUCCUUGGCUAUGACAGUCCGGAAUCUCAACUCUGAUCAGUUUGCACUCUUUGAGUUUAAAGAUCGCAUUGUCGAUCCUCAAAAUGUGUUGGCAAACAAUUGGACGAACUCUACCUCUGUUUGUAAGUGGGUUGGUGUUUCUUGUGGCAUCAUCCAUGAAACAGUUGUAGCUUUGAAUCUUACAAACAUGAAUCUUAGGGGUACUAACCCUCCACACCUUGGAAAUCCUUCAUUUCUAUUUUCUAUCGACUUGAGCAACAACAAUUUCUACGGCCAUCUGCCUAAAGAAUUUGGCCAAUUGCAUCAUUUGAGGAUCAUUCGAUUAAGCUACAACCGUCUUAAUGGGGAAAUUCCAUCAUGGCUUAGGAACUUGCACAGAGUUCAAAGGUUGGAAAUGAGAAAUAAUAACUUCACAGGCACAAUCAAACACUUGUCCACAUGUCCAAUCUAGAGAUCUUGAACUUGGGAUUCAAUCAAUUAUCUGGCCAGGUUCCAUCUUCCAUCUUUAACAUUUCUUCUUUGAAAAGGAUUCAUUUUCGUGAUAAUAGUCUUUCUGGUGGCUUGCCCGAUGAUCUGUGUGUCCAUCUUCCCAAGCUUAAAGAGCUUUACUUGAGUAGAAAUGAAUUAUCAAGUUCUAUUCCAUCAAGUAUAAACAAAUGCUGCAACCUUCAAAUUUUGGAAUUGUCUAUUAAUCAAUUUAAUGGGAUCAUUCCAAAAAGCAUUAGGAAUUUGACACAAGUUAAACAAUUAUACUUGGGGUUGAAUAACCUAGAAGGUCAAAUUCCUGAAGAAAUCGGUAAUCUUUUUAGUUUGGAAAUGCUUAAUAUUCAAGCAAUUAAAGGCCUUACAGGUCAGAUUCCGACUUCGAUCUUCAACAUUUCUUCUCUCAAGACUAUUGCUCUCUCCAGGAAUAGCCUAUUAGGUAGUUUGUCUAAUGAUAUGUGUCAACAUCUUCCCGAGCUUGAAGGGCUUUACUUGCAUAGCAAUGAGUUAUCUGGUAACAUUCCGUCAAGUAUAGGCAAAUGCAACAACCUUAAAAAUUUGUUGUUGUCUCAUAAUCAAUUUAUGGGGAUCAUUCCAAGAAGUAUUGGAAAUCUAACACGACUCCAGGAAUUAUAUUUGGGGUUUAAUAAUUUAGAAGGUCAAAUUCCUGAGGAAAUCGGUAAUCUUCUUGGUUUGGAACUGCUUACUAUUAAAGCAAUUAAAGGCCUUAUGAUUCCAACUUCGAUCUUCAACAUUUCUUCUCUGAAGACCAUUGAUCUUUCCAACAAUAGCCUAUCAGGUAGUUUGCCUAAUGAUAUGUGUCAACAUCUUCCCAAGCUUGAAGGGCUUUACUUGAGUCGGAAUGAAUUAUCUGGUAACAUCCCGUCAAGUAUAAGCAAAUGCAACAACCUUAAAAUUUUGGCAUUUUCCUAUAAUCAAUUGACGGGGAUCAUUCCAAGAAGUAUUGGAAAUCUGACACGACUCAAAGAAUUAUAUUUGGGGUUGAAUAACCUAGAAGGUCAAAUUCUUGAAGAAAUCAGUAAUCUUUUUAGUUUGGAAAUGCUUGGUAUUCAAGCAAUUAAAGGCCUUACAGGUCAGAUUCCAACUUCGAUCUUCAACAUUUAUUCUCUCAAGACUAUUGCUCUCUCCAGCAAUAGCCUAUUAGGUAAUUUGCCUAAUGAUAUGUGUUAACAUCUUCCCAAGCUUGAAGGGCUUUAGUUGAAUAAAAAUGAAUUAUCUGGUAACAUUCCGUCAAGUAUGGGCAAAUGCAGCAACCUUCAAAUUUUGGCAUUUUCCUAUAAUCAAUUGAGGGGGAUCAUUCCAAGAAGUAUUGGAAAGACUCAAAGAAUUAUAUUUGGAGCUGAAUAACUUAGAAGGUACUGAAUUUUCUUGGUUUCUUUAGUUUAAAGUAUUUUUUUAUAAAAGAGUUUGAUUAGUAAUAGAUAACAAAAGUAAGAGCAUUUUAUUUCAUUCAAGGCAAAAUAGUUCAAAAUAGUUAAUUUGAUGAAAACAAAUAUGCUUAAAAAUAUUAAAAUCUAACAUCUGCAAUUUAUGUAGAACAGAAAAGAAAACAUCUUUGAUUUAUGCUAACAAAAUAGGUAGUUUCACAUCUUGAUUUUUCGACUAUGUGUGCAUAUGAAAUUUCUGAGGAAACCGGUAAUCUUCUUGGUUUCGAACUGCUUAAUAUUAGAGCAAUUAAAGGCCUUACAGGUCAGAUUCCAAUUCGAUCUUCAACAUUUCUUCUCUGAAGGCCAUUGAUCUCUCAAACAACAACCUAUCAGGUAGUUUGCCUAAUGAUAUGUGUCAACAUCUUCUCAAGCUUGAAGGGCUUUACUAGAAUAAAAAUGAAUUAUAUGGUAACAUUCCGUCAAGUAUGGGUUUAUCGUAUACUUUUAUCAUUUUAAUCUGAUAAUAAACAAUAAGAUUUAUAUGAAUUGAUUUUUUUAGUUUUUAAUUUCUAUUAAACUUUAAAAAGAAAUUAUUUUAUUGCAUAAACUAAUCUAUUUUGUAUAAGUAAUUUUUUUAAAAUCAUUAGAAAUCCUUUGUUUGUAGAAGAAAAGAAACCAAUGUGGAAAAUAUAUUUAUUUUAAAUUUUAUUUAAAAAAAUUGGUGAUAUUUGAAUCCACAUCAAUACAUAAAACCUUAAAUUUAUCACUUAAAUUUAUGAUGUCACAAAUUAAUUUGACACCAACUUAGGAAUUGAUGACAACAUCAUCAUAAAUAACUGUAUUCAUUUAGUAUUCUUCAUUUAAUGUAUUCAUAUGUUUAAAUUAUGUUUUACUUACAAUUUAAGCUAUUUUUAUUUUAAUAUGGUAGAUAUGCCAUGUGUUAUUAUUAAAUAGUUUCAAAUUAUACAUUUCAUUAUUUAUCAUAAGUUAUUUUAAAACACAAAUUUAUGUUCUAAAUAUGUGGUUCUCAUAGUCAUAGACAUAUGUGUAUUGUAAUCGGCCCAAUUUGCCCGGGCCCGAUUGAAAUAAAAAACCAGAACAAUAAACAAUGUCCAGUUUUUACAAACCCAAAAUCAAUACGGCCCAAUUAGCCUAAACCCAAUUAGCCUAAGCCCAAUACCCUAGCCCAACUAGCCUAAACCAGAAGUCAGAAACCCUAACAGCUGUUGCGCCGCAAUCGAACACAGGCUCUGCCCUCGUGCGUGCGCCACUGCCAAGUAGCUGGUCACACCUGCAGCAAACAACAAACAAAGCAACAAAAAGAUGGAGGAAAAGAGGGGCAACAAGGACAACAAAAAAUAUAGCGAAUAGGAUAGAGAAAAAAGAUAAAAUUCUUUGUAAUUUUUGGCUAUAUAAAGCUGAUUUUAAAUCUAUAAUGAGGUGAGGCACACUCACAGAAUCAAUACAAAAAAGAAAUCAAAAUUGAAAGGAGGUGAUUUGAUUUUCUUUCUUUUGUCCUUGGCAUCUUUCAUUUUUUCUUUCGGUUUUUCUUUUCUGUUCUUUCAUUUUUUAAUCAUAUACAUAUACAUAAAAAAAGAGUUAAAGGAGAAGUCGUUUACCUGGCUUUGCCCGCUCCGUCGCCAUUGGAGAUCGGGCAAAGAUGGAAGGCCCUAGAGUGGCCUGGUUGUUGGCGGCGGCCUGGGGAACUGGGUUCAAAACCCUAGCAGAGGAGAAAAAGGGGCGGCCUCCCUCUGGCCUAGACUUAGGACUGAAACAUUUUGUUUCAAAUUUUGGGGUGCUUAAGUAGAUGUAUAAAAUGACGCCUUUUGAGGCUGGUUUUCAUAGCUUCAAAACGGCAUCGUUUUGGCCGUUCAGUGACCAUGACCCGCGUUGUGACCCGACCCGGGGAAGGAUCCGCUCGUUUUUUUGUGCAGGGGAAAUUUUCGUAAAUGGUUCCUUGAUUAUUAUAGCGUGUUCAAAUAGAUCUUUUUAUUUCCUUUAAAUUUUGCCCCGCAUUUGAUUAUUUUGUUUUUAAUUAAGUCAUCAUAAAACGCUGC